GCGGAAAUCCUCCCCUAGACGCAACCGGCUGCAGGAUGGCGGCGACGGUCGUGGCUUCCGCUCUCCGCGUAGGGCUGCGAGCUUGCUGGCGGCCGGGACUCCCGGCCUGCGGGCUCCGCUGGCAGAGCCAGAGUCGGGAGCCGUCUGCCUACCCCGGAGUGGUGGAGUCCUCAGAAGAAUACGCCUUUGUGGAGCGCCUCAUCCCUCCCACCGGCAUCCCAGAGCCCCCCAGACACCAGAGCUACCCCACCCCGAGUGGCUGGCAGCCCCCUCGAGAUCCCCCACCGAACCUCCCCUACUUCAUUCGUCGCUCCCGGAUGCACAAUGUCCCCGUAUACACAGAGCUCACACAUGGCAACCGAAAGAUGACUCUGAUCCGAAAGGUGGAGGGGGACAUUUGGGCCCUGAAGAAAGAUGUGGAAGAAUUCCUGACCCCUCUGCUGGGGAAAACACCUGUGACCCAGGUCAACGAGGUGACCGGGACCCUGCGGAUCAAGGGUUAUUUUGACCAACAGCUCAAGGCCUGGCUUCUGGAGAAGGGCUUCUGAAGUGGCCUCUGUGGAAGGCCCACAGCAACCCUACUGCUCCCCAUUCGUGGCUGGGAGUCUCCAAGGGGAUUCUGGGCAGGUGUUUGUCAACAUUAUUCUUUUAGGGACAGCUAGGUGGCGCAGUGGAUAAGAGCACCAGUGCUGAAAUCCAGAGAACCCGAGGUCAAAUAUGACCUCAGACACUUUCUUAGAGGGGUGACCCUGGACAAGUCAUUUAGCCCCAAUUACAUCAGCCCCCCCAAAAAAAAUUCCUUUAACUACUCCCCACUUUCUAGCGAGGAGUAUUCCAGGGAAAUUUCCCUAAAAGGAAAAAUAUUUCUCAUGUAGCCAGCUCUUUUUUGGACUAGGAAUCGACAGCAGCCUAAGAAGACCAGCCGGGCACAAAGGAAGAGACAACAUCGCCAGUGCCCAGGGAGAAGGGGUACCACGUCACAACCUGGCACCAACUUUAAUGCAAGUUUUUAUUUUGGCCGUAUAUACAAUUGAGGCUAUUAAAAUUUGUACAAUAUUUACAAAUUAAAUAAUCUGAAACUGUC